UAUUUAGAGAGAGUGAAUUUUUUUCCCGUGUUUACUUCUAUGCUUAUUAAGAUUAUUUUGAGCACCAGCUCCGCAAAUCAUCAAUUACUAUUAGAGAUUUGCAUCUUAUUGAUAUCGGUGGUAUAUUGGAAACUCUUUCGCUCGAAAGCAAAACAUAUAACAAGCAUGAUGCGCGCUUGGAUGUGUGAAUGUUUUCUCAAGUGUUUCUGUUGCGUAUAAAGUGGUAAUGAUGGACAAUCGGAGCAAUCACAAACAAGUAAGAAUCUUGCUAUUGCAAUAUAAUGAUGAUGAUUUCGAAGAUUAUAUCAUCCUCUUUCCUCGUCCGCGUUGACAUCUGUCAUGCUGACACCUGUCAGUUAUUGAGCCCUGGUGGAAAAGUUGGCGAGGAACUCCCAACAGUUUCAAUGUGCACUCAACAGAUGGCACUGCGAUCACAUAAGGGUAGUCAUUAUAUGCCUUGUAUGAAAAAUUGAUCAGUGGGAUAUCUUGUUAAUUAGAUAUCUUUGCUCGUGGUUAAAAGUGACAUUUCGAAAGUUAUUCUUGAUGUUCGAAAAUCCCUGUGCUGUCAAUCGACCGGUUUUCGAGAAGAACUCAGCCACGGUUGUCAACAUUUAACUUCUUGUCUGUCAGAAAUAACCACGCUCAGAGCCUUCAGAGCCUUAAUUGUUCUCAUCCAUUGUUGUGUGUAAUGGUGUACAAGGUGAGUAGUACAAGUAGGUGAGUAUAAUGCAAGAGUUGGUAAGUAUUGUGUUUUCAUAUUUUGUUCUUGUAAUUUAAUCGAAUCACGUAAUAAUUAUUUUUAUUCUCAUAUCAGGUUCUAUGCAAACAGCAUAAUCAACAAAUACUUCAAUACCUGUUUGAUCAAUACAGAUUUGUUACAAACAGAUCCCAUAAUCCCAACAGCAAACAGAGGUAAGAAAACUACAACGAUCAUUUUGCACGAUGCGAUUUUUCACCUUGUAAAAACGGCCAAAUUUGUUUUGAUACCACAACGUUGUGAGCUUUGAAUAAAAAUAGAAGUAUGGAACAUUUUUUUCCUAGCUUUUGGGUUGCAAUGCAACAAUUAAAAACUAAUUUUGGUUAAUUUUUAAAAAUUAACUUCUGACCAGCUAGAUUAGAAGAAAUACCCCUCUGUGCGUCGCGCGAAACCCGUCACCUUUAAUAUGCGAAUUAUUCCCGCGGAUGAGCUAUAACGGCGUGUUCUCGUCGGUUGACGAUCAGUUUCAGUGUACAUUUCGGACCGUUCGGACGCAAGGACUGCGACCGUAGUGUCGAUAAUCGCGCGAUAGUGAAAUGGUUCUGUGACAUCAAAAGUGGCGAUUGAGAAUUAAUCGAUCGGAAGCUCGCAGCCUGAAUGCUGAAAUGGUACCAUUGGUGCUGAUAUUGCUGUUGGUGCACUCAAUCACAUGCCAAAUUGUUUACCAGGAUCAGAAUUCCGAUCUUCAUGAAGGAGAUCCAUGCUACCUGAACAACGAUAACACAACGAUUGGCCAGUGUCGGAAACUAAAGGAAUGCGGUAGAAAACACGCCAGUUUAGCGUCCAGAUGCGGGUUUGUAGGAAAAGAACCAAUCAUUUGCUGCGAUGUCCUCCAAAGGCAGUGCGAAAAAAAUGCACCCUCAAAGCAGCGAAUCACCGAUCACAUCGUGGGAAACACCUUGGUAGUAGAUGUAGGUGAAUUUCCGUUCAUGGCCCUGGUGACGUUCGAAAAUCCGAUGUUGAGGUGUGGAGCUUCGCUGGUAUCCAAUCGGUUCUUGCUGACUGCAGCACAUUGCAUAAGAACAGGAGACUCUAAGCCCAUCGCUGUCAAACUAGGUACGAAUGAAGUAGAUGAUCCCGGGGCCGAACUGUAUAAGAUCAAAAAGACGUUUGUCCAUGGAAGCUAUCAGCGGUUAUUGAAACAGAACGAUAUAGGCAUAAUUGAGUUGGAGAAAAACGUUAAGUUAAAUAGCAUUGUCAAGCCGAUUUGUUUAUAUACCAAACAUGAUGAACUACCGGAAUCGACUGACCUAACAACAAUGGGAUGGGGAGUGGGCGACGAUGGAAACUUGUCCAAUGCGCUGUUGAAGGGAACUAUUCGUCCGAUAAGACGUGCAGACUGUCAAAGACGGUUCGAUGUUCUUGUGAAAAAAGGUUUAAAAUUAUCGGAAAACCAGCUGUGUGCCUUGGGAGACAAAGAUGAUACAGGGAUAUUCACUGAUUCUUGUGGCGGGGAUUCCGGAGGGCCACUAGUGCUGCAACGGGGUGACAAGUGUUAUCUCGUUGGCAUCACCUCAACUGGAUCGGGCUGCGGAAGCAAUUAUUUCUCUGGCAUUUAUACUAAGGUCAACAAGCACCUGAGUUGGAUCAUCAAGACAGUUGAGUGGGAUGCUACUCCGUAAUCUCAGCGCUGCUUGAAGAUGCGCACCUUUUUGUGUUCUUAGCUUUUCAAUAAAUGGGGGUUUGGCCUAUUUUCCGUCCUACUAGCACAGCUCGAGCGUUACCUCUUUUUUUUUUUGCAUUUAGUGCACUUCGGGCGGUACAGAAAAAGCAUUCUAAACGCAGUCAAAACUCUGAAUCUGAAUUAUCUACGUGUGCGGGGCAAUCCUGCUAGAAGCAUUAAAAAUGAUAUUUUUACAAAUAAAUUGAAUGUUUCUACUAAGGAUGACAUCUUAUUCUUUUACGACUCGUAGUGAAAAUAUAUCACCCAAAUGCAUCUUAACAGCGGCGAAUGUAGACAAACACGGUGUUAGGUCUCGUUUUCUUAUAUCACGGAAUUAUUUCGAUUAUCCACGUUAGUGUUAGCGUUGUAACGAUAUACUUCGUAGAUUGGAUACUAGUGUCCAGUGUUGGGAAAAUAUCACCCUCCUGAUCACCCUUGAUUUUCGUAGACAAAAAUCAACAAGCAAACAACUGUGGUUGAUACUGCAAGCUGUGAUAUCACAGUUUGGAAUAUCAAACUAACAAAACUCACCAGCUGCAAAUCUCACCAAACUGUGGUGAGAUAAGGGGGUAAGUCACUCUGUCACCUUGUGCCUGUGUUGAUUGUGUUCCUUGGUGUUUCUGUAUGACCUAUCUGUCAAAACAUUGAACGAAAAUUAAUGCCCACUGGCAACCAUAACAUCCAUAUUUGUUUAUAAACUAAAAAUUGACUAUUAUCUUUUUUCCUGCAUUGGCUAAAAAUCCCAGAAGUAGUUAACAUUAUUAACAAAUCAUUACUUUACCAUAAAUUAACAAAUUCAAUUCGACACGAUUGCAGGAUUCAUGUGCAAUCUGUGGCCGUUGGAGGAUUACAUUCCCCAAGUAACCACUAAGCCAUGGAAAACGGCACUAAUUCAGUUAUAAAGUCGCAUAAAGAACAUUGCACAGUGCCUAUACAGGAAUUAUAUAAUAUUUGAGUGCUACCCAAAAGCCAGUUUUGGCGAAUUAUUCGACUGAUAUACUGCCAACCCCACGUUUACUACACGGUAACCGCAAAAUACCCAAUAAUGACUACAAAGUAAGCAUUUUCAAGGGAG